AUGGCUAUUAAAAUUGGUAUUAACGGUUUCGGUAGAAUCGGUAGAUUAGUCUUAAGAGUUGCUUUAAGCAGAAAAGACAUUGAAGUUGUUGCCGUCAACGAUCCAUUCAUUGCUGCCGACUAUGCUGCUUACAUGUUCAAAUACGAUUCCACCCACGGUAGAUACCAAGGUGAAGUCACUGCUUCUGGUGACAGCUUGGUCAUUGAUGGUCAAAAAAUCAAAGUUUUCCAAGAAAGAGACCCAGUUAACAUUCCAUGGGGUAAAUCUGGUGUUGAUUACGUUAUUGAAUCCACUGGUAUCUUCACCAAACUCGAAGGUGCUCAAAAACACAUUGAUGCUGGUGCCAAAAAAGUUAUCAUCACUGCUCCAUCUGCUGAUGCCCCAAUGUUUGUUGUCGGUGUUAACGAAGACAAAUACACUCCAGACUUGAACAUUAUCUCCAAUGCUUCUUGUACCACCAACUGUUUGGCUCCAUUGGCUAAAGUUGUCAACGACACUUUCGGUAUUGAAGAAGGUUUGAUGACCACUGUCCACUCCAUCACUGCUACCCAAAAGACCGUUGACGGUCCAUCCCACAAGGACUGGAGAGGUGGUAGAACUGCUUCUGGUAACAUUAUCCCAUCUUCCACUGGUGCUGCUAAAGCCGUUGGUAAGGUUAUUCCAGAAUUGAACGGUAAAUUGACUGGUAUGUCUUUGAGAGUCCCAACCACUGAUGUUUCCGUUGUUGACUUGACUGUCAGAUUGAAGAAACCAGCUUCUUACGAAGAAAUUGCUCAAGCCAUCAAGAAAGCUUCUGAAGGUCCAUUGAAGGGUGUUUUGGGUUACACUGAAGAUGCUGUUGUCUCCACCGAUUUCUUGAGUUCAACCUACUCAUCUGUUUUCGAUGAAAAAGCUGGUAUCUUGUUGUCCCCAACUUUCGUCAAAUUGAUCUCCUGGUACGAUAACGAAUACGGUUACUCCACCAGAGUUGUUGACUUGUUGGAACACGUUGCUAAAGUUUCUGCUUGA